UCCCUCCUCCUCGUCUUGGGGGCUCCGGCCGAUUUUCAUUCUCCGACAGGGUGGGGGGCGAGGGCCAUUCUACUUUCUACUGUCCGAUCGGACGUGGAUGUUGAUUGCUUGCGAUUUUGUGGCGUCAUUCGCGUGUGUGACGAGAGAGCGAGUGACGAGUGACGAGUGACGACGAAGGGGUGCGAGAGAGAGAGAGAGAGAGAGAGAGAGCGAGAAAGCGGGAGUGAGUGAGUGAGGGGGAGUGAGCUCGAUCAAGCUUUAGAACGCUACCUUGAGGGGCCUCGCGGGUCAUUUUGGUUUUGUCGGUUUCGUUGGAGUGAGGGCGAGCUUGAGAGGAGGCGUUGGCCUCUGUCGCAGCUCCGCCUUCGUUGCGGGAUUGCGUCGUGUAUGCUCUGGCGGGCCUGAUAGUUGCAUUGACGAGUGUCGGGUUGGAUUAUUAUAUUUUCCGUUUUUUUUUUUCCCCCCUUCCCCUUCCUUCUGUUUGUCUCUUUUUUUUUUUUUUUUUUUUUUUUUUUUUUUAAUCCUGUUUGUUUGGGUUAUUAGGAGUAAAGGGUUUGUUGCACAUAGGGGUGUGACGUGUGUGUGAGGUGUGAGAUUUAAAGUGUUUGGAAGUGGAGGAAAGAGAGAGAGAGAGAGGGGAGAGAAGACGACGCAGUAGAAAGCGGCUACUGGGUUAGGGAGGAGAAAGUGUGAUGGUGACAGAGCAGGCGAUGAGUUUGGGUGUGUGUUGGAGGUUUUUGAUGUGACGGCGGAGGACUUUUGAGCUUGGGCUGAGCUGGCCGUUUCGUUCCCGGAGGCGAAAUUCUUUGCCAGCUCUGUGGCUGUGAAGAGAUCCAGCUUAAGAUUUUGCGCGCUUCAAUAGAACGCAACUUGUGUUGCGAUAGGAAUUUAGAAACGGAGUGAAAUGGGGGACAAUAGUCCAAGAACGGAUACAUCAACCGAUGUCGAAGUUGAUGCUAAGUUGGAUGAUGGGCACCAACAGGUCACAGGAGGCUCCAUUACUUCUGAUCACGAAGCGGGAACUAAGAAUGGUGACUCAAAAGCUCUCAGGCGUCUAGCGCAAAAUCGUGAAGCAGCCAGAAAAAGCAGACUCAGGAAAAAGGCCUAUGUACAGCAGCUGGAAUCCAGUCGUAUAAAGUUGAAUCAGCUGGAGCAAGAGUUACAAAGAGCUCGACAACAGCAGGGUUUAUAUUUGGGAUCUGGCUCUUACAGCGGCGAUCAAAUUGCCCAUUCUGGUGGUGGAAUUGGGGGCGCGAACGCAAGUAACUCGGGUGCUGUAGCGUUUGACUUGGAGUACGCAAGGUGGAUGGAAGAGCAGCAACGACAGAUGAGUGAGCUCCGUGCCGCUUUGCAGGCUCAUGCUGCUGAUACUGAACUGCGAGGACUUGUGGACGGGGGCAUGGCACACUAUGAGGAGAUUUUCCGACUCAAGGCUGUUGCUGCAAAAGCUGAUGUAUUCCAUGUUGUCUCCGGCAUGUGGAAAACUCCUGCUGAGCGAUGCUUCAUUUGGAUGGGUGGCUUUCGACCCUCUGAGUUACUGAAGAUAUUACUGCCACAAAUAGAACCUUUGACAGAGCAGCAAACGAUGAGCAUCUGCACUCUGCAGCAAACUUCUCACGCGGCCGAAGAGAACCUUUCUUCAGCGAUGGAGUCACUUCAGCAGACACUUGCCGAUACCCUUUCUGCUGGUUCUUUUGGCUCAUCAUCAAAUGUAGCUAAUUACAUGACACAGAUGGCUGUGGCCAUGAGUGAACUUGCGGCGCUUGAAACUUUCGUGCUUGAGGCUGACAGUCUUCGAAAACAGACGUUACAGCAAAUGCACCGGAUAUUAACCACUCGCCAAGCUGCCAGAGGUCUUCUUGCAAUGGGCGACUAUUUUGCCCGUCUUCGUGCUCUGAGCUCUCUGUGGUCAGCCCGGCCUCGUGGAUGAGACCUCUGUUAUUGUACCAGGCUGUAAAGAAGUCCUUGGCGCAGAUGUAACUGCCACAGCAGUGAACAAUCCUGAUAAGCUACCCAGCUCUGAUUGCACGAAAAGAUGAAGGGUUGUGAGGGUGGACGUUUAUUGCUGCAAGGCCCAUGCGUGUUUCGGAUACGCGUAUGACUUCUACUUGGUUGCACCAUUGGCAACGGACCAUUCGAGGUGAAGGAAGCGGAAGAGAGAGUCAUGAUAUAUGUCUUCAUCCGACUGGUGUGGGCACGAAACGGAUGUCAUCAAAUGAUUGGUCUAUCAUCAAAUGUUUGAUUGGAUUAUCAUCAGAAUUCGGGUCUACUGUUCCAUCUGUGGUGUGAAUUUGACAACUCAAGCUGAGUUUGCAUUGGUUCUGUUCCGCAUCUGACUGGUCACUGCAGGCGCACUGGGGGUUAACUACAUGUACUUCCGGGUUCUUGGAAGUAAUUGUGCACUAUAGUAUUCGUGCACGCUAGUUCUCAUGCACUCAAAGUGCACAUUCUGCAGACACAGUUGUGUGAUCAUGAAAUCUCACUCAAGUUUUGAGUGUACAAAUUGCCUCUUGGAAGCAGGUUUGAAGUGCCCAAAUUCUAUUAACAGAAAAGAUACAUUAUCAAACGCUGGACCACUUCGACAAUUUAUCACCUCUUGUAGUAAUAUUAAUAAUCUGCUGCGGCCCGUAGCGCUUGAACUUAUUCCGAAUGGGGUCGUCAGCAAAUUGCUGAUGACUCUCUUUUCACAUUUGUUGCCUUCUUCUACGCUUGACAGCCCUAUUGAUCAUGUACAGUACCCCUUCUGAAUCGAGUUUCUCAUGUA